GCCCCCUGGAGACGCGCCGCGGCGGGUAGACCCAGCGAGAGAAGCUACGGCUAGGAGGGUGGGUGGCCUGGAGAGCAUGAAGCUGACGCGGAAGAUGGUGCUGUCCCGGGCCAAGGCCUCAGAGCUGCACAGCGUGCGAAAACUCAACUGCUGGGGCAGCCAUCUCACAGACAUUUCCAUAUGCCGGGAAAUGCCCAGCCUGGAAGUGAUCACCCUCAGCGUCAAUAGCGUCUCCACCCUGGAGCCCGUGAGCCACUGCCAGCACCUCAGUGAGCUGUAUCUGCGGAGAAACCGCAUCCACAGCCUGGCCGAGCUCUUCUACCUGAAGGCCCUGCCGCAUCUCAGGGUGCUGUGGCUGGCAGAGAACCCCUGCUGUGGCACCAACCCCCAUCUCUACCGCAUGACCGUGCUGCGCACCCUGCCCCACCUGCAGAAGCUGGACAACCAAGCUGUGACUGAGGAGGAGCUGUCCCGUGCCAUGACGGAGGGAGACGAGAUCACUGCCGCCCCACACAGAGAGGGCAUGGGCAACGGCUCCAUUGACUCCACUGCCGAAACAGGCCAGGACCUACUGAGCUACAGCGAGGACGAAGCAAGCAUCUGUGGCCAGCUUGGUCUGAAGCCCCCCUCCCAGGAGAGGUUUCCUUCCUUCUCACUAAGGGACUCUCCAAGCAAUCGCAAGAACAGGAACGUGCUGACCGCCAUCUUGCUGCUGCUGCGUGAGCUGGACGUGGAGGGGCUGGAGGCUGUGUACCAGAGUGCGAGCAGCCGGCUGCAGGCCCUGCACAGGCCGGAGCUAGAGGACAACGUGGACUGAUGGCAGUGAGGCUCCAUGUGCACCUUGGUGCCCACCUCAGCUCCUGGGACAGGGGGACUAAUGCACCACCACAGCCUCAGCCCUACCUGGAAACACUACCCUCUAGGUUUGCCACCCCAGCCAGGGCAGGAGGGGGCAGCAGGUGGAGAAGAGCCUUUGCUGGGGCUGGCAGGGACAGCAGACUCCUAGACACUGGGACUGUCUAGGCCUCCCACAGGGCCAGGGGACUGGGCUUGGCUCAGCUCUUUGAAAAUAGGCUUUGAGCCAUCUUCGUUAAUAAAACAGACAGGUAGCA